AUGUCGACGCGGAGGAUAUGGAGCCCUUUUGGGAUUUAUAUAGUCGUUGUUCUCUUGGAUUGUUGUUGGGAAGAGGUAUCUGGACAGCUCUCUUACUCGGUGUCUGAGGAGGUAAACCCGGGGACCUCUGUGGGAAAUCUCGCUAAAGAUCUAAACCUUAAUGUUAACGACUUGGAGGCGCGUAUGUUUCAGAUUGUCAGCGGAUCAAAACGAAAAUAUUUCGAUGUAAAUCUGAAAACGGGAGUCCUUUAUGUUAAUGAAAGAAUAGACCGCGAGGAGCUCUGUGCGAAGGCUACAAAAUGUACUGUCAGUGUAGAGGCCGUGAUCAACAGCCCCUUGAAGCUUUAUCGUUUGGAGGUUAAUAUAGUCGAUAUAAAUGAUAAUGCACCGUAUUUCCCGGAGAAUUUGCAGUCUCUUAACAUUGCUGAGAGUACUGUGCCAGGAGGGAAAUUUGGAUUUAUUGGGGCGUCAGACCUCGAUGUUGGUAAGAAUGAUGUUAGUACAUACAAGAUAAGUCCAAAUGAGUAUUUUUCUAUAGAGGUUCACAAGGGGGGAGAGAGUGUGUCUGCCGAGCUUGUGCUUCAGAGAGCUUUAGACCGAGAAAAACAAAGCACUGUUAAACUUACAGUGACUGCUGUCGAUGGCGGAAAUCCACCCAAAUCAGGGACAUCUCAAAUUGUUAUCAAUGUUUUAGACAUUAAUGACAACGCUCCGGUUUUUAGUGGUUCUUUGUACAAAGCACGGAUUUAUGAAAACUUACCAGUUGGUAAAACAGUGAUUAUUUUGAAUGCGACGGACGCAGAUGAGGGUUUAAACAGUGAGAUAGAAUAUUCAUUAAGAAGUAAAGGUCAGGAUCAUGUUUUAGAUUUAUUUCAAAUUAAUUCUCAAACAGGUGCAAUUACAGUCAAAGGUAAGAUCGACUAUGAAGAAAAUCCUGCGUUUGAAAUUCAUGCACACGCCAGUGAUAAAGGCCACUCUCCAAUGUCCGCUCAUUGUAAAGUACUGGUAGAGAUUUUGGACAUAAAUGACAAUGCUCCUGAGAUUACUGUGACGUCACUAUUAAACACAGUGAAGGAGGACGCUGAAGUCGGCACUGCUAUUGCACUUGUCUCUGUACUAGACAAGGACGGAGGGAAGAACGGUGAAGUAAGAGCUGUCAUUUCAAAUGAAACUCCAUUUAAAUUGGACACAAAUUAUAAAAACUAUUACUCGUUAGUAGUUGAUGGACCACUCGAUAGAGAGACUAAGGCCCAGUAUAAUAUCACUAUCACAGCUACUGAUGAAGGGACUCCACCUCUCUCCAGCACCAGUAUAGUGACUGUUCAUGUCUCUGAUGUCAAUGACAACCCUCCUCACUUCUCGGAACCGCUCGUUAAUGUUUAUGUGAAAGAAAACAGUCCAGUAGGAUCAGUUAUUAAAACAGUGACAGCACUUGAUGCUGAUAUCAAUCAAAAUGGCCAGGUGAGCUACUCAUGUAUACAAAGUAAUAGUAACUCGUUGCCGUUAACUACAAUGGUAAACAUCAACUCAGAGACAGGUGAUAUAGUCAGUUUACAGUCUUUUAACUUUGAGGACUUAAAAACGUUUCAGUUUAAAGUUCAGGCCAAAGACUCUGGUGUUCCUCCGCUCAGCAGCAACGUGACCGUGAACGUUUUUAUUCUGGAUGAAAAUGACAAUAAUCCAGCUGUUCUGGCGCCCUAUUCUGAGCACGGCUCCGUUAACAGUGAGAGCAUCCCCUAUUCUGCUGAAGCGGGAUACUUAGUGGCAAAGAUCAGGGCUGUAGACGCAGACUCUGGAUACAAUGCGCUGCUUUCUUAUCACCUGUCUGAGCCCAAGGGAAACAACCUCUUCCGGAUCGGAACCAGCACUGGGGAGAUCAGGACUAAGAGGAGAAUGAGUGACAAUGACCUGAAAACUCACCCCUUGUUGGUGUUGGUUUCUGAUAACGGAGAACCCUCCCUGUCAGCUACUGUGUCUAUUGAUGUGGUGGUGGUUGAAAGCACAGCUGACAUCCAGACUCAGUUCAGAAAUGUUCCUAUGAAGGAGGACAGCUUCUCUGAUUUAAACCUGUAUCUGCUGAUCGCCAUUGUGUCAGUGUCAGCAAUCUUUCUGCUGAGCCUCGUCAGUUUAAUAGCUGUCAAAUGUCACAAGACAGACGGCAGUUUCAGCAGGUACAGCGCCCCAAUGAUCACCACCCACCCUGACGGAAGCUGGUCUUACUCUAAAGCUACUCAGCAGUAUGACUUGUGUUUCAGCUCAGACACACUCAAGAGUGACAUGGUGGUUUUCCCCGCGCCGUUUCCAACGGCAGAUGCGGAGCUGAUCAGUAUUAACGGAGGAGACACUUUUACCAGGACUCAGACUUUACCUAACAAAGAAAAGGAAUUGGAUUUGUGUUCUUUGAUUUUAAUAUUGUUUGACGAGACGGUGUCUGGACAGCUCUCUUAUUCUGUCUCAGAGGAGUUGAACCCGGGAACUUCUGUUGGAAAUAUCGCCAAAGAUCUAAAUCUAAACGUCCAGGAUUUGGAGUCUCGCAUGUUUCAGAUUGUUAGUGGAUCAAAGAGAAAAUAUUUCGAUGUGAAUCUGAAAACGGGAGUCCUUUAUGUCAAUGAAAGAUUAGACCGAGAAGAGCUCUGUGCAAAGGCUACAAAGUGUACUGUCAGUGUAGAAGCCGUGAUCAACGACCCCCUCAAGCUUUAUCGUUUGGAAGUAACGAUAUUAGAUAUAAAUGAUAAUGUACCACAUUUUUCUGAGCAGUUACAGUCACUUGACAUUGCAGAAAAUACUCUACCUGGAGUGAAAUUUGGGUUGAUAGAGGCAUCAGAUUUGGAUGUCGGAAAGAACGGUGUUAGUACAUAUAAGCUUAGUACAAAUGAUUAUUUCUCGCUAGAAAUUCACAAAGGGGGAGAGAGUGUGUCUGCCGAGUUAGUGCUGCAGAAAUCUUUAGACCGUGAGCAUGACUCUGUUAUAAAACUCACACUGACUGCAGUAGACGGAGGAAAUCCAUCGAAGUCAGGAACCUCACAAAUCAUUAUCAAUGUUUUAGAUAAUAACGACAACCACCCCGUUUUCAGUAAAUCUUUAUACAAGAUUCAAAUUCCCGAAAGCCUACAAACAGGGUCUAAAGUGAUCAUUCUGAAUGCAUCUGAUGCGGAUGAGGGUUUAAACAGUGAGAUAGAAUAUUCAUUGAGAAAAAAAGGUCAGGAUCAUGUUUUAGAUUUAUUUCAAAUUGAUUCUCAAACAGGCGAAAUUACAGUCAAAGAUAAGAUCGACUAUGAAGAAAAUCCUGCGUUUGAGAUUCAUGCACAGGCCAGUGAUAAAGGCACACCUCCAAUGUCUGCUCAUUGUAAAGUGCUGGUGGAGGUUUUGGACAUAAAUGACAAUGCUCCUGAGAUUACUGUGACAUCGCUAUUAAACACAGUGAAGGAGGACGCUGAAGUCGGCACUGCUAUUGCACUUGUCUCUGUACUGGACAAGGACGGAGGGAAGAACGGUGAAGUAAAAGCUGUAAUUUCCAAUGAAACUCCAUUUAAAUUGGACACAAAUUAUAAAAACUAUUACUCGUUAGUAGUUGAUGGACAGCUUGAUAGAGAGAGUAAGGCCCAGUAUAAUGUCACUAUCAUAGCUACUGAUGAAGGGGCUCCAUUUCUCUCCAGCACCAGUAUAGUGACUGUUCAUGUCUCUGAUGUCAAUGACAACCCUCCUCGGUUCUCGGAGCCACUUGUUAAUGUUUAUGUGAAAGAAAACAGUCCAGUAGGAUCAGUCAUUAAAACAGUGACAGCACUUGAUGCUGAUGCAAAUCAAAAUGGUCAGGUGAGCUACUCAUUUAUACAAAGUAACAGUAACUCGUUGCCGUUAACUACAAUGGUAAACAUUAACUCAGAGACUGGUGAUGUAGUCAGUUUACAGUCUUUUAAUUUCGAGGAGUUGAAAACGUUUCAGUUUAAAGUUCAGGCCACAGACUCUGGUGUCCCUCCACUCAGCAGCAACGUGACUGUCAACGUUUUUAUUCUGGAUGAAAAUGACAAUCAUCCAGCGGUUCUGGUGCCCUAUUCUGAGCAUGGCUCCGUUAACAGUGAGAGCAUCCCCUAUUCUGCUGAAGCGGGGUACUUUGUGGCAAAGAUCAGGGCUGUAGACGCAGACUCUGGAUACAAUGCGCUGCUUUCUUAUCACCUGUCUGAGCCCAAAGGAAACAACCUCUUCCGGAUCGGAACCAGCACUGGGGAGAUCAGGACUAAGAGGAGAAUGAGUGACAAUGACCUGAAAACUCACCCCUUGGUGGUGUUGGUUUCUGAUAACGGAGAACCCUCCCUGUCAGCUACUGUGUCUAUUGAUGUGGUGGUGGUUGAAAGCACAGCUGACAUCCAGACUCAGUUCAGAAAUGUUCCUGUGAAGGAGGACAGUUUCUCUGAUUUAAACCUGUAUCUGCUGAUCGCCAUUGUGUCGGUAUCAGCGAUCUUUCUGCUGAGCCUCAUCAGUUUAAUAGCUGUCAAAUGCCACAGGACAGACGGCAGUUUCAGCAGGUACAGCGCCCCAAUGAUCACCACCCACCCUGACGGAAGUUGGUCUUACUCUAAAGCUACUCAGCAGUAUGACGUGUGUUUCAGCUCAGACACACUCAAGAGUGACAUGGUGGUUUUCCCCGGGCCUUUUCCACCUGUAGAUGCGGAGCUAAUUAGUAUUAACGGAGGAGACACUUAUACCAGGACUCAGACAUUACCCAAUAAAGAAAAGGUAAGACCAUAA